UGACCUAAGAACCUGGAACGAUUGAUUGGCAGCACGGAAAGAGACAAUGGCUUUUGUGGUGCUGAUCAGGCGGCAUCUCUGUAGAUCUUGAGGCCGCGCCGUGAGGGCAGAGAGGUCCUCGUUAAACCCUUGACCGAUUGCCCUCUCGUCUGUUGUGUUCUCUUCGAUCAUUCUUCUUCUGCAUUUUCCGGACCACGAUUUGGACAGCUACCCCAAAUGGGGUAAAUGUUCUAAGCACAUUACCUAAUCACUGUGAGAGACCACUAUUUCUCUCUCUGUUUUGGUUUUCUUUCUGUUGUCAUUUGGACAGCUACCCUAAAUGUGGUAAAUGUUCUGAGCACAUUACCUAGUCACUGCGAGAGACCACGACGAACGACGGCGACGACGUUCUGAGCACAUUACCUGUUCUUGUAUCGGGCGACGACGUCUUCCUCUCCGUCGGCAAACGGCAGUAUCUUCCUUCGGCGAGAGGCUUCCGUGCGAUCUCCGGCGGGCUCUUAUUCGGGCACCUCGGUGCACUUGGGCGAUCGCUAGCAACUCAGGUGUUUUGCCACCUUGGCACCAAUUAGUUCCUAGCAUCUUUGACUACACUUGACUACACUGAGAGAUGCAUUUUCAAGGACACAAGAGGAGGAAAAUUAACAAUGAGGAUAGCAACGAUAAUUGCAUAUCAAAUUUGAAAACUCCACCUCUUAACUAUGGAAAGAUUGGAGGCUCUUCUAAGGUUAUUGACUACUCAAAUGAUUUUGCUUUAACCAAUUUUCUGGAAAGGUUAGAAGAUGGUAAGUAUGGGAGUGUAACCAAAGAAUAUGAAGCUCUUCAUUCUCAGAGGAUGCAGGUAAUCAAUUUUUUAUCUGCGUUACAGCCAAGUAUAGCAUCUAGAACUUUUCAGGGUGGUGGAAGCACUUCUGCUAAUUUAUCAACAAGGCAGAAUCAGAUGAAGUCAGGUCAACAUGGUGAUAACUUAUCUCAUGAUAUAAUCGAUCUGGAAGUUGAUACCAUGGAAGGUGCUGCUAACCCUGUCAGAAUACCUGUAGAACAGACACAUGAUGCUGUUGGGAAUAUCUCACUACAUUCCAGUGAUUUUGAGUCUGUAACGUGGAAGGGAAAGUCAGAUGCUGCACGUGGCCCAUUGAAUACACCCCCAGUAGAUGAAGACAACAAAGAGGAAACCACAGUCAUAAUUGUAGAUUCAGACGAAGAAGAUGCAAGCCAUCAAGGCAAAACAAAAUAUGAUUGCCACCCUGAUCAUGAGGUCUUGGAAUUUGGAGCGUCACUGGCAAGUCAAAUCCAGAAGCACAUAUCACGAGCCAGCAAGUUAGCACAAGAAGUUAACUUGUAUCAACUAGUUCCAUAUGACCAAGGAAUUGGAAGAUCAGUGUGUACUACUAAUUUUAAACCAAACUGGCAGCCUUCUGUUCAUUUUGAAAAGGUGGUCUUACAGACAGUCGAUGAGAAGCAGCGUUUUCAAGAUGUUGUUGAUGAAAAGAAUAUGGAAAUGAGAUGUGAGAGACAAGCUGCUGAAGCUCCUAAUGUAGUAAAGACUCUGUAUUCUAAUGCUGAAAUGAAUAAAGAGAAUGAAUGUGAUGGCAAUCCAAAAUUUGUUUCCUCUACGGCAAUCGAAGAUAUCUCAUCAGGCAUGGGAAGCCUUUAUGAAGUUGACAAAGUAUCAUCACAAAGUGAUGGUCUGGAAGAUCUUUGGAAAGACAUGUCAUUAGCAAUGGAAUAUUCAAAGAUUGAUACAUCAGAUGAUCAAGCACUUGUGCAACAAGAAGAAGAAUGUAACCAUUCGUACUUGCUCCAAGAUGACUUUGGCCUUGUUUGUCGUAUUUGUGGAGUUAUUCAGAAGAGGAUAGAUACAAUAUUUGAUUUCCAGUGGACGAAGGGCUCACGUGCAACAAGGACAUACUUGACUGGACCAGGGAACUCCAAGGAUCUAGUGGCUCACUACUCUGGCCUUGAAGUUUCAGAGGAUGAUUUUAUUGCUGCCGAAUUAUCUAUUCAUCCAAGGCAUCUGAAGCAAAUGAAGCCGCAUCAGCUAGAAGGCUUCAAUUUCUUGGUUAAGAACUUGGUUACAGAUAAACCAGGAGGAUGUAUUUUGGCUCAUGCGCCGGGGUCUGGGAAAACCUUCAUGCUUAUAAGCUUCAUCCAGAGUUUCUUGGCUAAGUAUCCAUUGAAGAAGCCUUUGGUUAUCCUUCCUAAGGGUAUUUUGCCUACAUGGAAGAAAGAGUUCCAACGGUGGCAGGUUGAGGAUUUACCCAUCUAUGAUUUCUACUCCUCUAAAGCUGAUAACAGAUCUCAGCAAUUGGAAGUGUUAAAGCUUUGGCAAGAGAAUAAAAGCAUUCUUUUUUUGGGUUAUAAACAAUUUACGAAUAUCAUUUAUGAUAAAGAAAACAGCAAGGUCUCUGCUGCAUGUCGGGAAAUGCUGCUGAAAAUCCCCAGCCUUCUGAUAUUGGAUGAAGGCCACACUCCAAGAAAUGAGGACACAUUCGUGCUUGAUUCACUUGCAAAGGUGCAGACUCCUCGAAAAGUAGUACUUUCAGGAACCCUAUUUCAGAAUCAUGUUAGGGAGGUCUUCAAUAUUUUGAAUCUUGUGCGCCCUAAGUUUUUGAGGAUGGAGACUUCCCGAGUCAUUGUCAAGCGAGUCCUAAGUAGAAUAUAUAUAUCAGGAGGUAGAAAGCUCUCUAAGAGUAGUGUGGACAACGCUUUCUAUGAUUUGGUUGAGGAAACACUGCAGCAUGAUGAGAAUUUCAAAAGAAAAGUUACUGUUAUACGAGACCUUCGAGAAUUAACCAAGGACGUUCUUCAUUAUUAUAAGGGUGAUUUCUUGGAAGAGCUGCCUGGUCUCGUGGAUUUCACUGUCCUCUUGAACCUCAGUGCUAAGCAAAGAGUGUAUGUUCAAAAACUUGCCAAGUUUGAGAAGUUCAAAAGAACCUCUAUGGGUAGUGCUGUCUAUAUCCAUCCUCACUUGUAUGACACAGCAGAAAAGGCUUCUGGGGACAGGGUCGCAUUUUUCAACGAUGAUAAGAUCGAUAGCUUGUUAGAAUCUCUUAAUAUCAGAGAUGGGGUUAAAACAAAAUUUUUCCUCAACAUUUUGUCUCUGGCUGAAUCCGCUGGAGAGAAACUACUUGCUUUCAGUCAAUACAUUCUACCUCUAAAAUUUUUGGAAAGGCUAAUAGUUAAAACCAAGGGUUGGCAUUUAGGAAAAGAAAUUUUUAUGAUAUCUGGUGAUUCGACUUCUGAGCAAAGAGAGUGGUCGAUGGAGCAAUUUAACAACUCCCCUGAUGCUAAGGUUUUCUUUGGUUCAAUCAAGGCUUGUGGGGAAGGCAUCUCACUUGUAGGUGCAUCUAGAGUUGUGAUCUUGGAUGUUCACUUUAAUCCAUCUGUCACCCGCCAAGCUAUUGGGCGUGCAUUUCGGCCUGGCCAGCUGAAGAAAGUAUAUAUUUACAGGUUAGUUGCAGCUGAUUCUCCGGAGGAGGAAUUUCAUUAUACCUCCUUUAGCAAGGAGUUCAUCUCAAAGAUGUGGUUCGAGUGGAGUGAGUAUUGUGGCCAUCAGAACUUUGAGUUAGACGAGGUUGAUUUGGCUAGCUGUGAAGAUUUGUUCUUGGAAAGUCCUAUCAUAGGAGAAGAUAUCAAGGCGGUGUACAGAAGGUGAUUCUUUGGCUGAUGCGUGGGAGAGCAUACGACAGAUUGUAGGAUCUUCAGAUGGUCUGACAUUGUCUUCAUGGUACUUACUGGUCACAUUAUGAACUCUCCCUUUUCAAGAUACAUGUAAGAGUUUGACUUGUUGGCUGUUUGAAUCGACUGCAAAGCUACUAGAGAGAUGAUCGGUGCUGGCGUUCUACUUCUCUUGAUGAUGUGUAAAAAAGAUGUGUUCAUGGUUGCUGAUAUCUGUUUUGUUCUUGUUGGUGACUGUUUGUCAUCGAGAUGCAUUAAUACUAUCUACCAUUUUGUUGAGUGUGCUGUUGAGCUCGCACUGUAGAUGUUUUGGGAUCAAUAGCCCCUCUAAAUGCAAGACAUGUAUAUAAAAUGACCUGUCAAUGGUUAAUGCCAAAUAUUUUGAUACAA